AUUCGAUGCAUUUUAAAAAAUAUAGACAUCGAUAAAGAUUGAAUAAUGAAGAAAUAAAUUUGGAUUAAGAUUUGGUAUGAUGUUAUGAGGUAGAUUAUUUUGUGGUAUCCUGAUUUGGAGUGCACGUUGACAUUUUGGGAAUAGUGUAGACAAUGUGCAAUAUUCCAUUUACAAUAAAUUAAAUUAAGAUUUUAGCAGAUUAUAAUAAAUAAAUUCAUACGUAGUUAGUAUAGGGAAUUUAAAAUAAUAAUAUACAGGUAAAUGAACAUUUCUGAGGCUAGAACAGUUGGUUAAUCGCCACCUCAAAAAUUCUCGAAGUUAAACCAAUCUUAAUAAUUAAUUCCUGAAGAAUGUCUCCCUCCAACUCUUCAGAGUCUCAAUCUUUCUCCUAGAAGGGAUGUUUAUAAAAAAGGAAUCAAGAAAACAUAUAAAAUGAAAGUAACCCUUAUUACUAACUCACAAUUUAGGAUAAUGAGAGGAAGAAGAUGGUAUGGUGUAAUAUAUAUGUGAAUGAAAUGGAUCCAAUCUAAUUGGCUAGGUCAAAAAAAGGAAGUAUGAAAAUUUUAAUACUUGUUUAGAGUAGUGUCGUAUUUGCUCGAUGGAGGAAGAAACAUCAAAAUUCGUAUAUCCAUGUAUGUGUAGUGGAACAGCAAAAUAUGUGCACGAGGAGUGCCUCAAAAAUUGGAUUCUUUUAAAGAAUGGAGUUGAAAAGGUUUAUAAAAAUGAUGUAAGCAAAUUAUUUAUAUAAUGUAUCAGAUUAAAUGUGAAGUUUGCUAACAUAAGAUAUCUAUGAAGGUUCACUUUCAAGAGGAAGUACACCCAUCGAUAUUUUAAGAGGUGCCUAAGCAUUAAAAAGCCUGUUGGCUUAUAUUAAUCUUUAUAAUUUUAUUAUAGAUAGCUGGAGCUGUUAUAUUGGGAGUCUUGGUUGGCUUUUCCAAUGUCGGUUUAGCUGCAGCUAUUACUUUAUUGGGGGUUAUUUCAAUCGUGUUAAUAAUUUAUCUUGUUGCGAAGGUUAUGCACAGUUUAACAGUUGAAACUAUUGUUUAAUGGGUGUUUCAAAAUUACCAAAAAGAAUAUAGUCCCGAAAAGAUUGGAACUAUUAUCAACAUCCCCCCAUAAUCUGUAUUAAAUACAAGUCCAAGGAGUCCCAGACAAAGAAGAAAAUCCUGUGUGCCACAAUUCUCUGGGCUUUAAAUAAUAUAAUUUGACUAAUAUCCCUCAGAUGCUUGAACAUCUGACAUACGA